CCGAACGUGAAGGCGGAGGUCGACCGCCUCGUUGAGGAGGAGAUGAGGCGGAGCAUCAAGAAGCCCGCCGACUUUCUUAAAGACCUCCCACCCCUCCCAAAAUCUGAUUUUGAGGAUCAUCCUAUGCUUGCAAGAGAGUAUGAACGUGUGAGGGCUGGAAAACCUCCUGUAACUCUGGAGAUGUCACGCUAUGGAUUGGAACCUCCUCCCAUGAACAAGCGUAAUGAUGUAACUGCUUGGAGGCUGGCACUUAAGAAUGCUCAAAGCCUACUACAACAUCAAGUUAUAAGAAUGGAGAAUCUUGAACUGAUGCUGAAACAUGGCGCUGAUGUAUGGAAACUCCAUAACAAACAAAUGGAAUUGUUGCUGUCAAGGAUGCAAGCUACAGCGUCAGAAUACAAUGAAAGGAUAGAAGCUGUCAACCGUGAGAGGAAAUAUCACCAGCAAAGUACAGGCGUACAACUUAAUGCUCUGUCUACUGAAUGGAGGGAACUUUGUGAGAAAAACAUAGAGAUAGAGACCGUGUGUGCUGAGAUCCAGAAUCGUAUAGAACAACUGAGACUAGAAGCUGCAGAAUGUGGUCUUAAUUUGGAUGCUAAUAUGAAUGAUACUUCAGCAAUGAUCGUGGAGCACUAGGUAAAAUAAGGAGGUUCCUAAAUCAUAGAUUUUCCGCAUGCUUGCGCUUGGAAUUUUACCCUGCGAUGUCCGAAGCUGGCUGUGACUUCAACCUUAAACAGGGGUCAUUGCUGUGCCAUCCUCAUCCCUUUCUUAUGAAUCAGUGCGAUUGUAGUUUGGGCUUUUUGAUCUGGGCGUCUUCAGUUAUUUUCUAGUAUUGAAAGCAUAAGCUUGAUGAAUUCUUUACCAAAAAGGGAUUUUUGACAGCAACUUGUAAUGGAGAAUACACAGAAGUAUUGCAUUGUUGGGUGAAUUUAGACUGAUUAAGCUUUGUCAUUUCAAUUAUCAUUUAACCAACUUUUGGUCU